UUUUUUAUUUUUCAAAAUUCAAAUCAAGAACCCGUGUCUGCCAGCUGCCAUUUUUCCACCCCACAAGGCCACAACCACAACCGGUCUACGCUUACCAUCUUUUUGUUCAGACACAUCCAACGGUCCAGAUUUCAUCCCCUCCAGAAGCACACCCCUUCCCUUCCCCAACGCAAUCAUCGCCCUCCCUUCCUUUCCCUUUUCCCCCUUUUCUUCCCCCAAAAUUAGCCACUCCUCUCCUUCCUCUUAACGCCACAGUCUUCCCCUUCCUCGCGAUUCCAUUCCCAAGAAGAAAACACCCAACCAGGAAUCGAAAAAUCCAGAUCUAGUUCUCCCUACAGUCAAAUCAAUCUCCUUCUUCCCCCCCAGAUGGCAACAUCCGCUCGCGAAGAGAACGUCUACAUGGCCAAGCUCGCCGAGCAGGCCGAGCGCUACGAGGAGAUGGUCGAGUUCAUGGAGAAGGUCUCCGCCUCCAUCGACGGCGAGGAGCUCACCGUCGAGGAGCGCAACCUCCUCUCCGUCGCCUACAAGAACGUGAUCGGCGCCCGCCGCGCCUCCUGGCGCAUCAUCUCCUCCAUCGAGCAGAAGGAGGAGAGCCGCGGCAACGAGGACCACGUCAACAUGAUCCGCGACUACAGGACCAAGAUCGAGACCGAGCUCUCCAACAUCUGCGACGGGAUCUUGAAGCUGCUCGACACCAGGCUCAUCCCUUCCGCCGCCUCCGGCGACUCCAAGGUCUUCUACCUCAAGAUGAAGGGCGAUUACCACAGGUACCUCGCCGAGUUCAAGACCGGCGCCGAGAGGAAGGAGGCCGCCGAAAGCACUCUCACUGCUUACAAAGCUGCUCAGGAUAUUGCAAAUGCUGAAUUGGCUCCGACCCACCCGAUCCGACUAGGAUUGGCUCUCAACUUCUCAGUCUUCUACUAUGAGAUCCUCAAUUCUCCUGAUCGCGCCUGCAACCUCGCCAAACAGGCAUUUGAUGAAGCAAUCGCAGAGUUGGAUACCUUGGGCGAGGAAUCCUACAAGGACAGCACCUUGAUCAUGCAACUUCUCCGUGACAAUCUCACCUUGUGGACCUCCGAUAUGCAGGACGACGGGGCGGACGAAAUCAAGGAGGCAGCAUCUGCGCCCAAAGGUGCCGAGGAGCAGCAGUAGAGCUUUUUCGCCGGACCUGGGCGAAUACCAGAUGAAUGUGAGAAUGCAAAUGAAGGGUGAACUUCCUCCUCCUCCCCCUAAGCGUUUUAACUUGGAGAUGGUUUGGCGUGCCUCCCUUUGUUACUUGCAGGUUUUAGGCAAAAAAAGAAUUAAUUGUUCCUACUGUCUUGGCUUUGGAUUGUGGAAGGGAUCAAGUCGUUCUUUUUCUUUCUUUUUUCUUCCUUCUCCUUUGAUUUUUAUUUAAAUUUUAGUUGGGUCUUUCUUUACUUUGUCCACCCCUCGAAUGUGCCUCUCUGUUUUCCGAAUUGAUAAUAUUGAAGCUUUUUUAUUAAUAUAACUAAAUGCCUUGUUUCUAUGUUGUCAUCGCUAAGCUAGCUUUGUUGUUGAGGAGUUGUCUUUCUUUUGUCGCUGUUUUGCUGUCAUUAGGCUAACUGUUCGGCUGGGCGAUUGAUUAGUUAGAAAGCACCGCGUUGGAUCUGGUUGUGUAGUAUAUUAAAUUGAUUUCGUCCGUUCUGUUUUGCAACGGAAGUGUUUUUUGCUUUUUGAUUUUGAUUGUCGUGGUUAGAAAAAGAAUCAGCUUCGCCACCGUGAUGGUCGGGGUGGAUUGGACAAUGGUCUGACUGACAACUGGCUAUAUCAGAAUCUUGCAAGCUUUGGAAGAUGCUUUGCCACUGUAAUCGAGCGGCGAAUCUACCUAUUCUUCUAUAAACGGCUCAAUUGCUUGACUGACCUGGUAUUGUGUGCUCAUGUUGAAAUUUCACAAUAAAACAACGGACAACAGGAAAUUCUAUCAGGGAGUUAGAAGUUAGGUUAAGUGACAUAUGAAGUCGCCUCUUGUUUUCCCAUGUAUUCUCUCCCGAGUCCUUCGACUACUGCCAUUCGAUGGCAAUUGAACGUGAACCCAUGGAUCCCAACUUGAUCAAAGGAGAUAGAACCAAAUGUUGAUAGGGUUUUGGUCGGAUGCAGG